GAACUCCAACUACCAACCGUCCGAUUUCUCCCUUUUUUUUUUUUUUUGUGGCAUUUUGUUCACCCCCAAUGGCUUUCUGCACUUCAACUCGCUCUUUCUUCAACCUCAAACUCUCCGGCGAAACUGCACCACCACUCCAUCAGCCAAAGAAGAAACCAGUGACCCUUUUCCUCAAUCCCCGUUUUGCCCCGCCCCUUCUCUCAUCUUGUAACCAAUGCUUCAGGGCCAAUUCUGUCACUUUCUCAAACCCUUCUACCCCCAGGCAUGGAUUCAGUGUCAAGGUUGGAUCACAGCCAGAUUAUUCUUCAGGGGAUGAUGAUGCUCAGUCGUUUAUUCCUGAAGCAACCCAACAGGAGGAAUUUUCUUGGACGUCUGUGAUUCUUCCCUUUGUGUUUCCGGCUUUGGGAGGUUUGUUGUUCGGAUACGACAUUGGUGCUACUUCUGGUGCUACCCUCUCUUUACAGUCGCCUGAGCUUAGUGGCACAGCUUGGUUUAAUUUUUCAGCCGUCCAGCUUGGUCUUGUGGUUAGCGGUUCCCUAUAUGGAGCUCUUUUUGGUUCCCUCCUUGUCUACCCAAUUGCUGAUUUCCUUGGGAGGAGGAGGGAACUUAUCACAGCAGCUGUACUUUAUCUCCUUGGGGCCCUGAUCACUGCAACUGCUCCAGGCCUUAGUGUUCUAUUAGUUGGGCGUGUUUUAUAUGGGCUUGGUAUUGGAUUGGCCAUGCAUGGGGCUCCUCUCUAUAUUGCUGAAACGUGUCCGUCUCAAAUUCGUGGAACUCUAAUAUCUUUGAAGGAGCUCUUCAUAGUUCUGGGGAUUCUGUUGGGUUAUUUUGUGGGAAGCUUUGAGAUUAAUGCAGUUGGGGGUUGGCGUUACAUGUAUGGAAUAAGUGCUUUCGUUGCUUUACUUAUGGGAAUAGGCAUGUGGGUUCUCCCACCUUCUCCCCGCUGGUUGCUUCUCAGGGCGGCUCAAGGUAAAGGGGCUGUACAAGAAUACAAAGAAAAAGCCAUUGUUGCCUUGAGCAAGUUGAGAGGCCGGCCUCCUGGUGACAAAGUGUCUGAAAGGCAAAUAGAAGAGACAUAUGUUUCUUUGAAGUCUUCCUAUGCAGAUCAGGAAGCCGAGGGGAGUUUGUUGGAGGUCUUUCAAGGCACGAGUUUGAAAGCCUUCAUAAUCGGUGGUGGUUUGGUCCUUUUUCAACAGAUAACCGGACAACCAAGUGUACUGUAUUAUGCUGGCCCAAUUCUUCAGACUGCAGGAUUCUCUGCUGCCUCUGAUGCUACCAGAGUAUCGGUUGUAAUAGGAUUGUUUAAGUUUCUGAUGACGGGAGUAGCCGUCCUGAAAGUUGAUGAUCUCGGAAGAAGACCUUUGCUGAUCGUAGGAGUCAGUGGACUUGCUCUUUCCUUAUUUCUCCUUUCUGCUUACUACAAAUUUCUCGGAGGAUUCCCACUUAUUGCUGUAGCUUCUCUUCUUCUCUAUGUCGGUUGCUACCAGAUAUCGUUUGGUCCUAUAAGUUGGCUCAUGGUGUCAGAAAUCUUCCCGCUUCGCACAAGAGGAAAGGGGAUUAGUCUAGCAGUUCUUACCAACUUUGCUUCAAAUGCGAUUGUGACAUUUGCAUUCUCACCGCUGAAGGAGGCGCUAGGAGCAGAAAACCUUUUCAUCCUCUUUGGUGCUAUCGCCUUGUUGUCUCUUAUCUUCGUCGUACUAAUUGUCCCGGAAACCAAAGGCUUGAGUUUGGAAGAAAUAGAAUCCAAACUCUCGAAAUAGAUGCUCACCCGAUGGCGAAAACUACCGUUGUAAGUUCCCAACUAAACAUGUAUUGGCGAGUCUGACCUCGGUUGUUAGCGUCGCCUGGAUGUUCACAAAAUCAUGUAAAUCUGGUCUAAAACCAUGUACAUUACUGCAUGCUCCCAUUUUGAUGAAAGCAUAAGGUGAGUUGCAACUA